UCGAAUUUCCGCCGCCGCCGCCGUAUUUAUGCGAUUGCGACGACAACUCGCCGCCGUCCUCCGGUAGAUGUUCCGCCGAACAGGGCUGCUCUCGCGAGCGCAAUCCCACGAUAACCGCGCCAGAUCCACCCCGGUCGUUCCCACUGGUGACAAUCCGACAAUAUCCCGGAGCUGUCGUCAGGACUCAACCGCUGAUGUUUGUCCUAGUUUCGGUGGCCGCUGGGACGAUAAUCACACCAGGGUCACUGCUGCUUCUGCUACUGCAACUGCUCCCGCUGCUGAUGAUUAUUUUAAAACAAAUUUAACGGAUGAUAAAUUUUUGAACGAAUGCGUAAAUACUGCAUGUAAUUUGAGCAGGGACAAGAGUAAACAUCGCCAGCUGAACUGCAGCAGUCCCGACAGUGACCAUCAACCGGGUCAGGCUUCCAACUCACUGCACAAAUCAAUUGACGCGUUUCUGGCUCACGAGCAGCGUGGCCAGGAUGGGUCCAAAAAUAGCGUCCCCGGUGCCACGGCCGAUCAAACCACCCAGCAGAUGAGCUUUACCGAUGGCGAAUACGUUUUUGGCCCCUACGACGAACACUCGGAGGAAUUUCAACACUUUAACCUGUGGAGCAGCGAGUUUCGUCAGCUGCGCCGGAAUUGCCGCCACCAGCAGCGCACGCAUCGGCAAAUCGAAGGGGGUGGUGGUGGGGCCGGAUCGGACAGCAGCAGUGGGACCACGCUGGUGCCCCCACAGGCCACGUCCCACGAUGGCAGCAGCUGCUCGUGUUCGGUCAUCAGCAGCAGUGACACUCUGCGUGAGGAUCUGUCCGAGAACGAAUUGGCAAAAACGCCCGAAUGGCGGCAGCCCAGCAAACAGGUGGAAAAUUAUGACGACGACAAGGACAGGCCGGAAAAUGUUCCAGCCGCCGGAAAUGUGCCACCCGCCGCAACAUCCUACCACCGGUGGGUUCGUUUCGAGAACGGAAAUAUCCACCCGCCGUCGACACCGCUGACCCGCGUUCCGACGCCCUACCCGAGUCCCACCCGGGAUGACGAGGAUGAGGCAAUUUUUGACCGGUUCGCCGAACAACUAAAAGGUUCGCGCUCGCAGGAUCAGGACGAGUCGGUUGGGCCGGUUGAGAACGUUCCCCUGAUUGAUGCCGUACUCGAUGAUUUGCUGACGUUCUCCAAGAGUCUCACUGCUGCUGACGGCGAGAAGGGACGUGCGGCUGCAAAAAUUGUCGAGAUAAAUGAUGAUAAUUUAAUUAAUUUAUUAGCUGAUGAUGACAAUGCUGCUUCUGGGGCAACCGGAGCUAACGAGGAUUCUUCCAAGGAGACGACCACCGGGAAGAAGGAUUCUGCUGGCUUGGAGAAAAGUUUGCCUUCUAAGCCGCUGCUGGGCUCUGCAAAUAGUGACGAUGUCGUCGAUGGGGAAAAAUGUGACCAGAAUGCCAAUGAGGCACAAACGCGUUGGGAUAUGUCGUCGGAGGACAAUUAUUUGAAGCGGGAGGACAUUUUCGCCAACGUCGCCAUUUUCAACUGGAACCCGCUGGACGUUUACCAGCACCAUGGACUGUUUAUGAUCGAUCCGCGCUUUGCACUCGCUGACCUGCAUGCCACGACCGUUUGUAACGCCGACGACGACCAGACCCGCCGAAAGACCGAUGACGCACAUUCUGGCAACGGCGGCGAUGACACUGCUGCCACUGAUGGUGCAGAUCCGUCAUCGGCGAACGUGAAUUCAUUUGCAACUCAACGAGCACGCCAAGACGGCAUCCUCCUGCUGGAAAGCCAUAAAAUCCCGAACGACAACCGUCCGUCGACGGGAACAACGGUGGACCAUUUUUACGACUCAGCUCACGUCGAAUAUCCGGUUCGGUGGCCAGACUUGAGCUUGAGCAACGCCACAAAGGAAUGCCAUCAAUCGCCACCGCCGACGCCGCUGCCGUUGGUGGAAUCUGAUUAUGAUAAUGAUCUGGCCAAGAAGUGCAACCCGCAGAAGGAUGACGACGGCGAGGAAGGUUUGAAGCGCGUUGCUUGGCCACCAUCUGCAGAGGGUGGUGACGAGUACGAGCAGGUACAGCAGCAGCAGCCCCAGCAACAACAGCAGCAGCAGUACUAUCAGCAACCUCAACAACAAGCACCCGCUUUUCAACAGUAUCAACAACCAGCCCAACAGCAGCCGCAGCCCCGCGAACGCAUCAUCCCAAUUCAAAGGACCACCUCCCACGUUUCACCGCACCGCACCCCAAAAUCCCCGUUGGGUGGUGGGCAUCAACAGCCCAAGUAUCCUCAGCAGCAGCAGCAGCAGCAUCAGCCAGCUGGACGGGUUGGUUCCUCGACUGUUUCGUUCAGCGGUGGUCGGCCCGUUUUGCCCCAGCAGGCUCACCCUCAGCAGCAGCACUAUCAACCUGCCCCGCGGCCAGUAAGUGCCCCGUAUCAUCAGCAGGUCCAGCAGCAGCAGAAUCGCUAUUCGUCACCCUCGACGGCUUCGCUGGGUUCACCCCGUUCGCCCCAGAUCGUGGGUGGUGGUGGCCAUAGCCCACGCGGCUGGGCCCAUGUGCAGUCACCGGUCCCGGUAUACCGUCCGGCCCCGCAGCACCACCAGCAGCAGCAGCAGCAGUACGUCCCAGCACCUUUUCAGACGGAUUUGAACCCGUCCGCGUACCACCGUCAGGCCUCGGCCGGUUACGGACCGCGAAAGCCCGAACAACAGAACCAGCCCCAAUAUCAACCCCAACCAACGCAGGCCUUCCAACCUUUAGUGUCGCAACAACAACAACAGUUUUACCAGCCAGAACCACAACAACAACAACAGCUUCAUCAACACCAGCCAGAACCAGUUCCAUUCUUCACCACCUUACGCAGCGAACCUCCAAUGUCGCAGGAACCGGCUCCGGUCUACCAAACCCAACCAGUUGCUGCUAUUUAUCAAGGCGGUAGCAAUAUGCGCGGAGAUCAGAAACACACCGGCGGAAGUCAAGAAGCAGAGUGAACUGGAGAACGAGGAACGCCGACGACUUGCCCAGGAGCCCGCGUUCCGCCCACGCAAAGUGCAGAAAGAUUAUGCCAACUUCUUUGCCAAAAACGCCCUCAACCAGACCUACCCGGGCUACCGGGCACCACCCGGCACUCAGCACCACAACUAAAACAGUAAAAAAAAUACACCACAAUCACACACACCAACACCAACACGAAACAACAAUAGCAAACCGUUUGAUAGCGAUAGCAAAUUCGAGGAGUUCUCCAGUUCACUUUUGAACUUGUUUUUUUUUUUUUUGUAUACCAGAGCUUAUGAGAAGAUUGUUCACACAAACAGAUAAAAAAAACGAAAAAAAAUAUAUUCUAUUUGCUUUUUGAAGAAGCUUCACGAAAUAAACGCAAAAACAGAAAAAAAAACACACACACGAAACAAAACAACUUAGGAGGAAAUAUUUGUAACUAAUAUAAUUAUGCACUUUUUUAAGUCGCUUCCUGUUAAUUGAUGAAUGUUUAAAAAAACAGCUGCGCUUCGGACAAUUUCAACUCAAUGUUUAAUUUUAUUUCUCUCUUUUUCUGAUUUCAGUAUACAGACAUACCUAACGCUUAAUUAUCUUUUAAUUACUAAUAGUUGAAUAAUCAAAAGCAGGAUAACCGCAAUCGUAUUAUGCUAAAAACUAUUGAACAUGAACAAACACGAGAGAGGGCCGAAGGCCCACAGCGCAAAUAAAAUAACAAAACAGCAAUGUUAAACGCGAAACGCAAGUGUUAAAAGCAAUUAUUAAUCAAACACGUUCAAUCGGUAAUGAGUUUUUAGUGAUAAAUAUUAAAGCAGACACGGAGGCUGGCUGGCGCAGGGCUGUGUGCGGCCAGGGUUGUAGGCUUGCCCGUUUCUCGCCUGCAGGACACAGAACUAUCAACAUCAGCGUAAAGAGAAACCGUCACUACUACAACCCUGGCGCCGGGCAUGAAAAUGAAAAUUGAGCAAACAACAGCACAAGCAAAAAAAGCAUCACACGGGGCUUAUAUUUUUGUUUAUUUAUUCAUAAGCUGGCCAGAAGCAACGACGGCGACGCGGCCAUUGUUGUUGACGAAAACAAUAACAACAACAAAAAUCGGGUUAAAUUUCACACCCAACAGUCACAGAGUAGGCCCCGGGAUGCAACCCUGCAAUCAAGUUUUCGCACGCAAGUGUCACACCCCUGCGUUUGACAGCUGCUCGCUUCGGCCCGGCGGUGACAGAUGGGUAGGGGUGGGAGGAGCGUUUUUCUUGCAAAUUUAAAUUAAUCGAGAAAAAUGCUGGUUUUCAAAAGGUGACAAACCGAGCAUCCUGCACAAAGGGACUCCCAAAAUCCCAACGCAAAGUAUAAUUAUUUCAGGAAUUCAUUUAUUAAAUAUGCAACCUUGGGGAAGCCUUUGCGAAUGGUUUUUUCAGAUAAUUUUCGUCACAUUAAAUAAUGGAUUAUGAAAUUCUUAAAAAAAAAGAACAAAAAAGAGUUUUCCAUACAGUGAAGGUUGACUGGAUAGCUAUUAUCAUUGAGGGGAGUUUAUUACAGCACACGUGAUCGGGUUCAGUUAAUUAAUUUUUAUAUUGACAGCUUCCGGAAAGCAAUAUGUAGAUUCUAUCAAGCUUCAAUGAACUUAUUUUACAUGCAAAUUGAAUAUUUUUGCAAAAUACUCGAAGUAGGUAUAUGAACAUUGGAACUGUGUGUACAAUAUCAAACAGAAAUUGAAUCUGUCAUUUGUUUGUUAUAGUUUCAAUGUUGUCAAAAUGUCAAACAGGCAGUAAUCUUCAGGUCUUAAAUUUUCGUCUAUGUUUGAUGGUCAUGCGACCAGAAUAGACAAUAAUUAAUGUACAUUUUAUCUCGGAACUCAACCAAGCAAGGAGUGGAAAUCAGCUGCAAAAAUCAACAAACCAUUAAUUGAAAACAACACAUCUAUCCUGCUGCUCAUCGAGCAGCAAACAGGAAUAAAAAUAUACAUUUCGCGACCCCAUAAAUUACCCACGAUAAAAAUUGAUUCCAAACUAUGGUGCAACAGCAAAAAAUAGAUGUCAUCAGACCAGAUUAUGCAAUAUUUUAAAAAUUCCAUUUGCAUGAAGGGCCCGCGCUACCGAGCUCUCAAAUUUGCUAUUUCCGCCAAGUUGGUUCCACAAAAAAAAAACCUGAUUGUGCAAAUUGAACGUGCAACAUAUGAUGCACCAAAAAAAAAGAAUGGCUCCCACUCGAACCACAUUGAUCAAUUUUACAAAUUAUUCUGUCGGGCCCACAAAUUUGCGUACGUUGAGAACGCGCCACUCGCGAAUAAUAGAAUUUCAAAUGUUUGAAUAAUGGUAAGCCAGCGUUACAAGCAAAAAAUGCGUCAAUUUCUUUUUUCAAUUGCUCCCAACCAGCCUGCGUGGCCCCAAAUUUGCGCUGCUGAUCAUAGAGGAUUAAAUGUAGUUACCAUUUAUUUUAUGUUUUUUUAACGCGCUUCGUUGGCAAACACUGCCCCUUACUCUCUCACGUGCCUUUUUUCUUUCUUUUGAACAAAUAUUCAAAUGAUUUUGUAGGACUCUCGGGAACAACAACAAAAAAAUAGGAAAAAAAAACAGCACGGUGAGAGAGAUCAAGUGGCAAACAAAACAAAUGAAACAAUUAUACCGUUCGCUAUUGGAUUGAGCUGAAUAUGCAUACGUAUUACUAUUUAUUACUACUGUUAUUACUGUACUAUUUUUAUUUUGAGCGACGAACCCGAAAAAAGAGAACCCUAGCAAAUCAACAGUGUGCUAGAUGGCCACUCAGAUAGAAACAAGAGAACAACAAAAAAAAAA